CGGCCCGGCCCGUUCGCGGCGGACGCCGGCGCCUGGGACGUUGUCAAGGCCACGCAGUAUGGAUUACUAGAGCGAUGCAAGGAGCUGGUAGAAGCGGGAUACGAUGUGCGGCAACCGGACAAGGAAAACGUGACUCUGCUUCACUGGGCAGCAAUAAACAACAGGCAGGAGCUGGCCAGGUUUUAUAUUUCCAAAGGUGCGGUAGUGGAUCAGCUCGGUGGAGAUCUCAAUUCGACUCCCCUUCACUGGGCCGUUAGGCAAGGACACCUGCCUAUGGUCGUUUUGCUGUUGAAGAGUGGAGCAGAUGCCAGCCUCAUUGACGGGGAAGGAUUCAGUGGCAUUCAUUUGGCAGUGCUGUUUCAACACAUUCCUGUUAUAGCUUACCUCAUAUCUAAAGGCCAGAGUGUAGACACAACAGACUUCAAUGGACAAACACCUCUAAUGAUAUCGGCACAGAAAGCAAUUGGGCCAGAGCCUACAAGGUUCCUCUUGAAGUUUAAUCCUUCUCUCAAUGCUGUAGACAACGUUCGAAAGAACACGGCAUUGCACUGGGCAGUAACAUCUGGGAAUAUUAGUGCUGUGGAUCUGUUGCUGGAAGCUGGUGCUAGCAUGGACAUAAGAAACGGCAAGGGGGAGACGCCGCUUGACCUUGCUCGUGAAGCUCAAAAUCACUUCAUUGUUUACAUGCUGACUGAGGAAGAAAGAACAAGAAGCAGAAAAAACAGCAGGUUACUGAGAAUAAUAGAGAAAUAUGAGAUUCUCCUGCUGUUGGCAUCUUCCUUGACGUUGAUGUGGGUCAUAGGAUAUGUAAUGGACUUAAGUUCUGAUUCGUGGCUUUUGAAAGGGAGUCUGCUUUUCUUGAUACUCUUUGGAAUGACUCUGUUUGUGAGGCGAUUUGUGGGGCUCAGGAAUCUAAGAUAUCUUCCUACAGCUUUUUUGCUAAGUUCAGUGUUUUGGAUGUGUGUGACCUGGUUUGUCUGGUUCCUGCCUGUGAAUGUAGCUGACACAGUUCUCCAAGUUACUGUUAUGUUCAGCAUAGGGGGUCUACUUUAUUAUUUCUAUAAAACCUGGAGAACUGAUCCUGGAUACAUUAAGAUUUCAGAGGAAGAUAAAAAAGAGAACAUYGUCGCUCUCGCGGAGGCAGGUUGCUUGGACUCCAGGACAUUUUGCACCUCCUGUCUUGUUAAGAAGCCCUUGAGAUCUAUACAUUGCCUUGCCUGUGAUGCCUGCAUUGCCAGAUACGAUCAGCAUUCUCUAUGGUUUGGCCAGUGCAUAGGCGUUGGCAACCAUCGUUAUUACGUAUCGUUCCUGUUUUUCCUAUCUUUGACUGGUGUCUGGCUGCUUUAUGGAACUCUUCUGUACUGGUCAAACCACUGCGCAGCAAGUUAUCGUGAAGAUGGGGCCUGGACUUACUUCACCCAGCUCGUGUAUUGCUCCCCGUGGGUUUUCUACAUCUUCACACUAGCCUGUUUCCAUACCAUGUGGGCUUCACGGCUGCUCAUUACUCAGCUUUACCAGAUUGCGUUUCUGGGAUUGACCUCCUAUGAAAGAAUGAACCUCCUGAUGCAGAGCAAGUCCUCUAAGCAGCCCAUUUCACUCAGGAGAACUCCAUACAACCUUGGAUGCUUCCAGAAUCUUGCAGACUUUUUUCAGUGCAGAUGCCUUGGUAUGUUCAAACCCAAUCUAAUUGAUUGGACCAAACAGUACAAUCUUCAUCUGGCAAAGGAGAGGAAUCUUCAUUCUGUGUGAUGGAAAAUAUUGCUGAAUUUCUAAAACAUCAGAGCUGAAYGCUAAAUAAAACAGGAUAUUCUUGAAAUCUUUACAAAUUCUUCUCCAAGUGGCUUGUUUUAAUUAUUAUUGUUGUUUUAAAUAGUAAACUACAUUGCAUAAGAUGCAGUAGGUUUGAAUAUGAAACAAUCAUUGUGUGUCUCCAAAUUUUAUGUGAUUGAAAUGACACUAAGAAUGUAUUUUUUAUUUGUUUUGCUCUAAGGCAGAGUUUCCAAAYCUUAUUGACAUCUUUU